AUGGAACAUCUGCAAGCUCUCGGAUUAAGUGAUCAAAAAAUCAAGGACACACUGAAAAACGCAUCGCUGACGGGAACGAUUUCUCGAGCCUUCUCCUAUUUGCCAAGCAAUGUGGAAUUGAGUGCGUCGCAGAAGUCACUGCUAUUUCAGAUGUGCUCAAAACUUAAACCUCAAAGUGCCCAUUUCCUGGAGAUGUUGGUGCGUAAAAUCCACACGGGCGCUCUGGACACCAGCCUCCGGGUCGACACGGCGCUCGAGUAUGUUCUAACCAACGUGGCAAAGACUGCUUUCGACGAGGCAGCAUUCGAUAAGGCCUGUGGAGUAGGGGUUGUGGUGACACCGGAAGAAGUGGAAUGCGCGGUGGAAAAGACGAUAGCAAAACACCGACAAGAUAUUGUAGCGAAUCGUUACGGAUUCAACGUGGGCAAACUUCUGACCGAGAUUCGUUCCUUAUUACCAUGGGUAGACGGAAAAGCACUGAAGUGUGAAGUGGACGUGCAAAUGUUCGAUUUGCUUGGUCCAAAGACUGAGGCCGAUAAUGCACAAGGGAAGAAGAAACGAGAAAAGCCGGGUUCGGCCGAAGAUGCCUCUAAAAUAGUUGCCAGCAAGUUGCCUGAACAAUUGAAAGCAACCAGCAGCGCUCAACAUGAAGAACGACCGUUCGAUGGACCACGAACGAUGGUCGAUCUGAUGCGGAAGGUCGACUUCCAUCGACCAGGGGAAAAUUUCAAAACAGACGGCUAUGUCGUUACAUCGGACACGGAGCGGUUGUUGAAAGAGCAUGUCCAGCGAACUGGAGGCAAAGUUCGAACUCGUUUCCCGCCAGAGCCCAACGGUAUUCUGCACAUUGGCCAUGCAAAGGCGAUCAACAUAAACUUCGCGUUCGCCGCCGCAAAUGACGGCGUGUGCUUCUUGCGUUACGAUGAUACCAAUCCAGAAAAAGAGGAAGAAAAAUUUGUUCGUGGCAUUCGAGAUAUCGUAGAAUGGCUUGGUUACAGCCCAUUCAAGGUGACCUAUUCGUCUGACUACUUCCAGCAGCUGUAUGAAUUUGCAAUACAGCUUAUUAGCAAGAAUUUAGCAUACUUCGAGGACGGAGCGGAAGAGCCCGAAGAGUCCAUGCAAGAGGACGACGAUGACGUUGAGGACGGAGCGGUAGAUUGCAACGCCGAUAACGUUGAGGAAGAGCCCGAAGACAUGCAAGAGGACGACGAUAACGUUGAGGAAGAGUUGUUCCCAGUGCUACCGAUCGACUGCGAGGAUCAACUAAAGGUCCUCGAAGCAGCGACGAAGACAAAUGGUCAAAUUUUUACAAAAAUAGUGAACACUAUUCCUAUCUCUGGCGACGAUGCAAAGAUGACCACUGUGGCCUUCUUGGUCGAGCAGUACUCCAAACGUACCCAAACCACUGCGUCCGGACGUUCACCGCAGGGUGGUCAAUUCGGAGACGACUUUCUGCACCUUAUCUUCCCUUCGCUGGUGGCCAAAACAGCGUACCAACUUUUUUAUACGUACAUCGCGGCACACGUCCGUUGCGAACUACUGGAACGAUCCGCAUAA